AAAUCCAUCAAAAUUUGCGUAAAAAAAAAACCAAAAGCACCUAAAUCCGGUGAAAAUUUAUACGUUUUUCCUUAAAAAAUUAAAUAAAUUUAUCAUAAAUAAUUCAAAAUGAUUCAACGACAACGUCAAAGAAUUGAACAAGCUGUAACUGAAAUGAUUGACGAUAUGGAUAAAUCACAUUUACGUAAAAUGCAGACAGACAUGCAUUUAUGUGCUGCACGAUGUUGCCAGGAUAUGAAUGCAAGUGUUGACAGUGUCCAGAAUUGUGUCGACAGGUGUUCGAAUCCAAUUACCCGAGCACAGAAUUAUGUGCAACAUGAAUUGGGUGAAUUUCAAGGAAGAUUACAAAGAUGUGUUAUGCAAUGCAAUGAUGAUGUGAAGGUUAAGAUGCCACCAAGUCCAAAUGAAUCGGAUGUAGCAAAGUAUACAGAUCAAUUCGAACGUUGCGCAGUUCAGUGCGUCGAUAAACAUGUUGGUUUGAUACCAUCAUUGUUGAAAACAAUGAAAGCAGUUCUGGCGAAAGGUCCAGACGGUAUACCAAACGCUUGAGCAUUUUAAAUUACAAAAACAAAGAACGUUGAUGUUUGGCGCUUCUCCAGAUCAAAAAUAAAGAACAUUUAAAAGCGAAUGUACCUAACCUACCGUUAAUAAAAAUCAAAAAAAGAUUUUUUUCCUAACAAAAA